ACAGCCCCGGGCGCUCUGGGGCGCACAAAGCGCAGGCGCGGCGGGUUGGGAGGCCGCAGCACCAAGUAGCGGCCGUUUUGGCAGCAGCGUCGCAACAGGUGUAGACAGGUUCCGCCUGACUCUGCCCUGGAAAGUCCUUUUGAGGAAAUGGCCCUGGUGAGGGGCGGCUGGCUGUGGAGACAGAGCUCCAUCCUCCGCCGCUGGAAGCGGAAUUGGUUCGCCCUGUGGCUGGAUGGAACCCUGGGCUACUACCACGAUGAGACUGCGCAGGAUGAGGAGGACCGCGUGCUCAUCCGCUUCAACGUCCGAGACAUAAAGAUAGGCCAAGAGUGCCACGAUGUGCAGCCCCCAGAGGGCAGGAGCCGAGAUGGCCUGCUGACCGUGAACCUACGAGAGGGCGGCCGCCUGCACCUGUGUGCAGAGACCCGGGAUGAUGCCAUGGCAUGGAAGACGGCACUGCUGGAGGCGAACUCCACCCCGGUGCGCGUCUACAGCCCCUACCAGGACUACUAUGAGGUUGUGCCCCCCAACGCUCACGAGGCCGCAUAUGUCCGCAGCUACUAUGGACCGACCUAUGUCCCUGGCCCUCACGGGCUCUCUCUCCGCAGGCCCCGGCGUGACGCACGUAGUGGUCCGGGAGGAUCCUUGCUACAGCGCGGGCGCCCCCCUGGCCAUGAGCAUGCUUGCGGGAGCCGCCACGGGUGCAGCACUCGGCUCGCUCAUGUGGUCGCCCUGCUGGUUCUGAGCCCUGGACCCGGCGCGUAGACCAGAAAGACCCCUUUCCUGCUUAGUCCCACCCUCCACCGUCCAAGCCCUGUCCCACUUGGCCCCUUAGCUUCCAUUAGCCCCUUCUGGGCUCGGAUCGUUCCUCCCACUCUCCACCCUCACCCCGCACAUCAGAAGAAGCUAUCAUCCCAGACAUAAACAUAGCUCAAAAUUCUUUUAUCUACUGCUAGACACCCCAGAAAUCCGUUGUAGACACAUAUGGGUAUGUUUCCCCCAAACACGCCAGGAUGCAGAAAAUGCAACUCAUGGGUCUUCAAGUUGCCCAGGCAUUGGACACACAGGAAUCAGGUUCUUUCCUCUGGCAGCUCCAGGCUCGGUGGGGCAGACUGGAGUAAACGAACACUUUACAAGGUGGAGUUAUCAGUCUUUUGACAAUAUGACGGCAAAGAAUGAGGAAGGUAGGCUAGGAAUAAAGAAAGUUGUUGGCAAGAGUGCAGAGCUGUGAACAUAAUGGCACAUCCAAAGAAUUGAAUGGGAGUUCAUUUGGGCUGGGGUGUGGGCAGGGGUCAGAUCAUGAUGGCCCUCCAGGCUAAGGAGGUUGCUGGCUAAGGGGGGUGGUGUGAGCUUUUUGGAGGGAAGUUUCAUGAUUGCACCAUAAUGAAUAUAUUGCCUGUUUUAAUACCCAAACCCCAAAACACUCCCUGAGUUUAGCCCCAUCCUUCCCAGCUACCAGAUUUCUGGGUCCUUUGUUCCUUCAGUGUUGAGAAAGCACCUGUUUUCCAUGUCAAGGGGCCUGGGGCAGCAAUUGAGCUGAACCUGGGGUCCUCUUCCUGGGGGGCAGGUGAGCUCUCUUUGUGACUCGCUGUAGGUUGGUGCCUCCAUCAAGAAAUGCAUUUGUAUUCCCCAAAAGCUUGGCCCUCUAUCCAUAGCUGUGGCUAUCACCAUCUCAGGCUUUGUCUCUUCCUUCACUCUGGGGGAGAUGGCAGUGUUCACCUCUGGGACCUGGUCCACCUUCGUCUCAGUCCUGAAGGCCCCACAUGUGCCUCUCUGCAGGUGGCCCAGCAGUCUCCCCAUUUGGUCCCCUUCUAGUCUCCUCCCCCAUCCUGUCCCAAUCACUAGUAGAAAUGCUAACAUCCCUGCCCAGUAGCCAGAGUAGCCUGCUAAAGUUCCCUUGUAGAUAGGGGCUCUAGUUGCCCUGCUGCAAAGACUAAUAAAGGUGUGGUUGUCUCUAGCCCUGACUCUGGCUUUGUUUGUUCCUCCAGGGGGGCCCUGUUUCCCUGGAACACUUCUAUGACUCAGCACCUACUAGUACCUUCUCUGGUAUAGUGAGAAGAGUGUGGAUUCUGAUGUCAGGUAGAAUUGGUGGCAGCAUGUUAGCUGAGCAAUUUAGGGCAAGUCACUUAACAUUUCUGUAUCUUGCUUUCCCCACCCAUAAGCUGGCAGGUUGAAGUUGGCUGUCCCUGAGGGCUUGAGAGGAGAGGCUGCAUCAGAAUCUCUGUCAUCUGAGCUGAUGGGUGAUCCAGGUCAUGCCCUGCCUGCUUUCUGAGAGCCCUGUGGUGUUGGGUGGGGUCUUUUCCAGUAGGUUCCCAUCCUCCUAGAGCUGAGUCAAUGAGUUGGACUCAUAGAGACAAAGGUGGUCAGGGAAGGAAACAACCAUCUUACAUCAGGCCUUUUGAGGCUGCGAGCAACAGGAACCCCCAUGCUCAAACUGAUUUAAUCCCAAGAAGGGAAAAUAUUGGGCCACAUACCUGAGAAGUCCAGAAACUGCUUGGUCCAGGGACUCAAAUAUUAUCACUUAGACUUUGCUUUGUUUCCAUCUUUACAGCCACUGGGCUGGCUCAUUCAGAGAUUGCAGUGAUAUUCAGCAGCUCUAGACUAAUGCCCUUCUUGGUUCAAGUCUAGCCAAGAGAGCUUCUCUUCC